UGCCAACGUGCACACACAAAUAAAUAUGCACACGUACAAAAUAAAACCAAACGAUGUGAUGCAGAUUUUAACCAGCUUGUCAAUGCUGUUCUCUGACCAAGUGAUUGAAGGAAUACUGUGUGCACAUAGCAGCCUCUAGCUUUGGUAACUCUGGUGUCAUGAACCCGGGGCCGGUCAGAUGGAAGCCUGACGCAGCAGCGCUCUCUAGUGGCGCGUGGGACGGAUCCAGUUUCAACUCAGCAAAUGUAAUGUUGUUUCCGAGCCUUUAUUGUGACAUUUAUAACUACAUGCUUCAACAUUAAAAUCUGGAAUCCUGUAACUUAAACGAAAUGUUCAUGGGAGCUCCUCUAAAUGUGUCCUGAGAGUCAGUUUGGCUGUAACAUUAAAAUAUAUAUAUAUAUAUCUAAGUGCAUAAAUACCCAACAACACUUUUCUGUUAAGUUGUCUCUACUUGUCUUCUAUUUGUUGACUCUGCAGCGCUGCAUGCUUCUGUUACAUCGCCUCAACAAUUUAUUGUUCAUAAAUUGCACUUUGGUCAGUGUUGGGGACUGAGGGAGUGGGGACAAAGUUCACAGGAUGCAUGUAAGGAGGAGGGGGUGAAGAGGAAGGUUAAAAAAAAAGAAAAUUAACCUUUGAUAGCAAAACAGCAGGUGGAGAGCUGAAACCAGGCAGCUCAGGGAGCAUUGGGAGACAAUCCAACCCAGGAAAAAUAAAAGUAUCUGUUCUUUUAAGCUAAAGAGAGACUGCAAAUACAAAUGAGGCCCAUCGCUGCCUGUCUGGCUUGAAUGAGCCAGUGCACAUGAGAGCUGUGUUUGUUUGCAAAGCGGAGGUGAGGUAAGGUAUCAGCGUAAUGGAAGAGAGGCUCGAGGAGAGGGCCGGAGCGGCCAUGGCGAAUCCGAGCCGUUUGACCGCACUUCAGGAGCAGCUGAUCUGGGCCCUGCUGGGAUCUGGACUGUCCCGGGACAUCCUGGUUCAAGCCAUAGGAGAGCUGGAGCGAGACAGGGCGAGUGCAGGCGCCGAGAGAGGAGAGAGGGGGGAUGGAGAGAGCUCCGAGGAAGGAGAAAUGGAUUUCCCACCGCCAAUAUUCCGAGAGUUAGAAAAGCUUCUCCCGGAGGAGGCGGCCAAACUGAGGGCUGAAGUGGACCGGCUAUUGCAGGAGGACCCGUGGCACGUAGCUAAAAUUGUGAAAAGCUACAUGCAGCAGCACAACCUGCCUCAGAGAGAGGUGGUGGAGUCCACGGGACUCAACCAGUCCCAUCUCUCCCAGCACCUCAACAAAGGCACGCCCAUGAAGAACCAGAAGAGAGCCUCUCUGUACACCUGGUACGUCAAGAAGCAGUGCGAGAUCAGCCAGCAAUUUACCAACGCAAAACAUGGCCUUGGAUCUGCAGAGGAGCAUGGAGAAGAGACCAGGAAGGGACGGAGGAACCGGUUCAAAUGGGGUCCAGCAUCCCUGCAGAUCCUCUUCCACGCCUAUGAUCGCCAGAAGAACCCCAGCAAAGAGGAGAGAGAAGGUUUAGUUGAGGAUUGUAACAGGGCAGAGUGUCACCAGAGGGGGGUGUCUCCGUCUCAGCUUGCCGGCCUCGGCUCCAACCUGGUUACCGAGGUCCGGGUGUACAACUGGUUCGCCAACCGCCGGAAAGAGGAGGCGUUCCGUCACAAACUGGCUCUGGACACGCCUUUCAGCAACCAAUCCACCUCCUCUUCUCACCACAACCUCCCACCGAGUCCUGAGCACGUGUUGCGAGGCCUGACUUCUUUUUUUCCAGGUGUCAAAUACAGCCAGCAGAUCCUGUGCGACACCCUGAGCUCGGCGAGGGGAAGCUUGGGGGACAGGGUGGGUCACCUGAUGGUCAGCCCCAUCCAGCUGGAGCCCAGCCACACACUCCUCGAGACACACAACCCCAAGCUGGUGUCCAGCGGUGGCCCGCUGCCCCCAGUAAGCACUCUGACCUCGCUGCACAGCCUGUCGGCCUCCCCUGCAUCCUCGCAGGGCCUCAUCAUGGCCUCGCUGCCCGGCGUCAUGAGCAUCGGGGAGUCCUCGCUUCUCAUCGGUUUGGCCUCCACGCAGCCUCAGGCCGUGCCCGUCAUCAACAACGUCGGGGGAAGCUUCACCACCCUGCAGCCGAUCUCUUUCCAGCAGCAGCUUCACGGCUCUCCCCAGCAGCCGCUGUCACACCACCUGCAGAGCCACAUGGGGGCCAGUCCCUUCAUGGCGACCAUGACGCAGCUGCCGUGUCACAUGUACAACAAGUCGGAUUCGCCUCAGUACCACACGUCCAGUCUGCUGUCUCAGGCCAUGGUCAUCACAGACAGCAGCAGCCUGGGGGCCCUGACCAGCCUCACCGCCGUCAGACAGAUUCUCACAGCGGAUCCCGAGGAAGAGAGGGGAUCACCUUUAGAAGACGACUCCCUACACCUGCAGUCGCACACACCUGUGCCAGCUUCCUCCGACAGGCUGGAGCUGUACCCUGCCUCUCAGUCGACGGAGAGUCAUCAAUCUCACCUGCUGACACCGUCACCAACAGACAUCGGCGCCUACAUCCCCACACAAAUGGUCUCUACUGCUCAGUAGAAGUGCUCUGGCAG